GCAUAGAGAGAACAACGGUUAUGAAGUACACUAAUCUCAUCGCGGUCAGUGUAUUUUGCUUCUCCACGACAGAAGCCCUCCCAAGCGUGAUCGUGAUAAUCGCCACAGAAGAUCUUGUGGCAGGAACACUAAUACCGUCGACCGUUGUGAUCAUACUAUACGCUGUUGCGAGCAUGCUCGCUAAAAUAUGCAGUCCCUCUCUGACAAGGAAAAUCUCAUUUCUCCUAACUAUGAUCCUCGCUGGCUUGGCUGGGCUUAWAGCAUAYAUAAUGUUAGUAGCAGUUGACAAUGUGACUGUUCGACUCGUUGGAGUAGGCUUGAUUGGUACUGCAAUUGGCUUGGCYAAUUCUGUACUGGUGAUGCURUUGGGCUGCUAUGAUGAAAUAGAUAAGAACUCGACUGCAUUCAAUUUGGGACAGAGUAUGUCGAACGUAUUGGGAGCAUUUCUUUACACUGGUUCAACAGUGUGGCAAUGCGUUUCACCUCGAACCACCAUCGCCUUCUCAUUACCACUUGGAUUUUUGAUGGCGAUUUUCUAUGGAAUACUGAACCAUGGCCCCUUGAAGAAAUACCAAAAACACGAACACAAAGAUAGUC